GUUGUAUUGUGAUAUACUUGACACAACUGUUGGCGCUAGUUUUGGACUGACAGUUCGCAAACAACUUCGUCCAACAUGGGGAUGUGGAUGUUAUUGCCGAAAUCAUGACAGAAAUCCGAGUAUUUCUACGGAUAGUAUAUUUGACAGACUGUGUUCUGGCUCCAAUGAUUCUGUCGUUUGAUAUUUGAGAGCCCUGUACAAGCUACGUUAGCUAGUUAGCUUCAACAAGCUAACAUAACGUUAAACGUCAACCAAAGCUACUUGGCUAGCUACCUCAGCUUACAUCAGCCUUUCUACUGUUUCUGUUGUAAUGGAUGAUGAUUUGCUGCUCGCCAUUCAGCUACAGGAGCAGUUUGACAAUGAAUACGAGACGUCAUUGCUUUCAUCAAACGGCUUUGAUGAUAAUGGCUUCGGACAAAGCAGUAAGAAACGGAAAGUGGAGGUAGCUGGUGGUGGCAGCAGCAGCGAUGUUGUUCCCUACUGGAAGCCGACUGUCCAGCCCGAGAGGCCGCUGUCCAUCGUGGACGAGACCUGGGAGAUGCUGGACCCCAGUCCCGAUGUCAGAGCUAUGUUUCUGGAGUUCAAUGAUAUGUUCUUCUGGGGGAAACUCUGCGGUGUCGAGGUUAAGUGGAGCCCAAGAAUGACACUGUGUGCUGGUGUGUGUUCUUAUGAGGGCCGAGGUGGACUGUGUUCAAUCAGACUCAGUGCACCUCUGCUGAAGCUUAGACCGAGAAAAGACCUGGUGGAGACUCUCCUUCAUGAAAUGAUUCACGCGCUGCUGUUUGUGACCCAGAACAACAGAGACCGAGACGGUCAUGGCCCUGAGUUCUGCAAACACAUGAAUCGGAUCAACAAGUCCAGUGGGACAAACAUUUCUAUCUACCACAGUUUCCACGAUGAGGUUGAUGUGUACCGGCAACACUGGUGGAAAUGCAAUGGGCCCUGCCAGAACCGCAAGCCCUAUUUUGGCUACGUGAAGAGGGCCAUGAACCGGGCUCCAUCUGCUCUGGACCCCUGGUGGGAGGACCACAAGAGGACGUGUGGAGGGACCUACACCAAGGUCAAGGAGCCUGAAGGAUACGGCAAAAAGGGCAAGAAGGAUGGGAAGACCUCGGAGAAGAAGGCCUCAGGAAAUGGAAAGCCUUCAAGUACAACGACAGGUUCUGGGUCACAGGACAUAAGGAACAUUAUCCCAUUUAGUGGCAAAGGCUUCCUACUUGGAGGGUCACAGUCCUCCACGUCUUCCUCCCCAUCUCACAAACCAGUAGUGCCUGUUGUGAAAGCAUCCUCGUCCAGCCCCAUCUCUUCUCCAAAGAAACUCUUCACCCCUUCAUCUCCAGCUAAAAGUCUAAAUUCUCCUGUUCGCUCUGGUCUGGAUCAAAAAGGAAUCUCUAGUGCCUUUCCCGGCAUCAGACCAGCUACCUCCAUGGGGCAGAAGCCACCUAUAAAGAGGUCUGUCAGUAACACGAGGGUUUUUGUCAACAUCAACGGCUCGCCCGUGAGAAUCCCCAAACCCCACGGCAGCAGCGGUAGCCAAGAAGCAAAUAAAAUCAAACAGAGGUCCAUUGAAGAGCUCUUCAGCAGCACAAGCGUCAGGAUGUCAGUGAGUCAAUCCUCCACCUCAAACACAGAAACUAAAAGAGAUGCACUGACAUCACCAAGCAGUACAAUGAGUGCUACCUCUGCUUCUUCCUUCUUUCCUAAACAACAAAGAAACCAUUCAGCUUCCUCUCCCAGAACACCUAAGCCUAGUCCUAGCAAAUCCAGCAAUUCGAAUUAUUCUUCUGUGGUUUCAACAGGAACCAAAGGCAGCCCUAUUAAACCAACACAUUCCAAGUAUUUCAAUCAUUCUGAUAGCGACGGUACGUCAGGAGCUGCUGGUGGGGGUCAGACAUCGAGGAAAAGGUCGUGGGACGACCGCAGCAGCUCAGCCAGCAUCUUUGACUUCUUCCAGAAGACCUCAGGCAGCGAUUCAGCAGCGUCGAGGGAGUCCGUAAAGACAAAAUCACCUGCAAUACAGCAAAGAACUGCCACCACCUCAUCCUCAUCCUCCUCUACUUCCUCCCUCCAUUCCUCUGCAGGACUGCACAGUUUUACCCCCUCCUCUUCAUCCUCUUCCUCCUCUGCACUGCUGGUCAGCUGUCCUGCAUGCCAAGCAAAGGUGCAGGAGUCAAAGAUCAACGAGCAUCUUGAUUCCUGCCUCUCCUGAAAGAGGAGGCGCAGAUUGGGAGUGUAGGGUGUGUGCAGUAGAAGGGAUGCUGCAAUAAAACCAACUUUUAAAAUGUUUUGAGAAGUUUCAGCAAGUUUGCUGCGUUGAGUUUUUAGGAUUUUACGUGACGUUGCACUGCUUGACUUUGAGAUCUUGGAUAUUUAGUGAAAUAACUUUUGAUUUGAAAAUAAUGGUUAGACACCGUUUUACUACCAGAUUGGAUUGUUUUCUCUGUUGUUGUCACUGUUACCUCACUAUAAUAAUGACAAUUGUUCUCUCACAAGUGCCUGUCUGAGAGCUUGUGCCUUACUACACCAAGAGAACAGCAGGUUUUAACAGAUAAUGUAAGUUAAUUGACUUUUACUGUCAUUUUCAUCAGGCUAAACAAAACAAACAACAUUCCAGUAAGUUCUGUCUGGUGGCUGGUACAGUACCAGUUUGUGUACUUUACCAGAAACUGAAGCAUUCUUGUUUUAACUAUGCUGAAUACUUAAAGGAUGACAUUCUCAUGUUACUUUCUAUCAUACUGAUCAGUUCUGUGAAAAACCUCUUCAAUUGUUUCACUGUAGGGCUAACUACUGUACAACCUGCAUGUCUGGGAUCACAGGGUGCUGGUCUCCUUUACAUUGGACUUGACUCUAAUUGAAAGCUACAACAGCAGGGUUGCAGUGAAGCAAUUGAUGAGAGUUGAUUAAAAAUUGAUUAGUUUGUUGUGAAAACAGACCAAUUACGGUUUAAAUCGAGAAUCUGCUGUGUUACGUGCGUAGAAAGGUUAUUUUUGCGUCCUCUGGGGGAGGAUGGCUUUCCACCUCAAAUCUGCAUCUGCUGCCCGUCAGGCAGCAGGGAGACACUGACUGACCUCUGCUGAUCUGAGGGAAUCAGAUUUCAAACUUGCCAGCUAUUUAUGUCUGCACGUCUUCACAUUUACACUGCACCCAUCUGCAGUGCCUUAUGCUAAGUAAUUCAGUAAUGCACUGGUAUUACUGAUGAACUUCAUCAGUCCGAUCUACAGUAUAAAAAGUGAGGAUGGUUUACAUGCUUUUGUUGGCAAUUUUAUUUUUAGGGAAAUGUUUAGAUUGCAAAAUGCUCAUUUUACUGCUACAACAUGAGAAUUUUAUAUGUGUUCCAGUUUUUAUGUUGUGUUUGUUUUAAAGGAAAUUGCUAAAUAUGUUUUAGGUUUUGUUUCCAAAUAAAACAUUUUUACUGAA